AUGUACUGGCCGCCAGUGUUUUCAGUAAAUCAGAACGCGCAAAAUCAAGAUAUUCCGAGUUACAAAGAAGCUGCAGAAUACUUACCCGUUGAAGCUGAUAUCUCUCAAAAUUUGCCGUCUUUUCCUUCAAAUAGAACUACACUUCCUCUUACCAAACGCAUUAAGAUCAACUAUUCAAUUCUCAGCAACAACCAAAUCUUCAAUGGAGUAAGACCUCAAGACUCAACUACUAAUUUAAGUGGACGAGAUGCUUCUACGGCUACUACUGAAGCAGGCGGGAAAAGUACCAGUGCAGCAGCGGAAACCACUGCACACGAUUCAGGAGGGGAGACUACCGGUGCAGGAGGUUCUACCGCCGCAGGAGAAGGCAGUACUGCUGCCAAGGGAGCGACAACAGGAACAGGCGCAGGCGCAGAGACUACGGAAGCAGGAGAAACAGGUGAAACCACUGCAGCUGGAAGUACAACAACAGGUGCUGGCGCUGGUGAAACUACAACUACUGGACAAAAAGAAACCGAAGCUCGUGUACCUCCAGCGAACAACCAGAUGUGCCCAGGUAAUAAACGUACGACUGACAAGAUUAGAAAGAAGGCUCUUAAUCUAACUAACUGGCGUAGAUCAGUACUUGCCCAGGGACAAGUGGUGAAGAGGAACGGUGUCUACAUGCCUACAGCUGCAAAUAUGCAGAAAUUAGAGAACAGAUAUUACAUUCCGAAAUCAGAUGUUGCAUCUGCCGAAGCGCCUAGAGUUGAUGCCAUGGCCGCGAGUAUAAAAGAGUGGUGGAAACGGGUGAGACUAGAUGAUCCUGUUGGGCUGCAUUGUCAUUUCAGAGCCAAACAUCAGAGUAUUCAAGUGAGAACCUUCACAAGGAUGGCUUGGGCUAACACAAACAAAAUAAGCUGCACGGUUCAGGGAUGUGGUGAUCGAUGGCAUACCGUAUGCCUUUAUAGCCCAUUUGGAAACCAAGUCGAAGAAAGGAUUUACAUACCCGGAACUACGUGCAGCGCGUGUCCGGCUGGAACGUUCUGCAACGGCGUUCUUGGACUGUGCGAGGCUCCUGAAUCAUAA